AAUGCAGCGGUAAAUAGACCAAAUAUGAUAAAACAUAUGACUCAACUCCUUAUGGCUUGAUUGCCCUUUUUAUUAUUAAUAUAAUCUUAGCCUUUUAAUUAUCAUCUUUUAUCCGCAUAAAUGCUUCACGUUAAAAAUUAUUAUAAAUAUUUUAUGAUUGGUACUCUAUUUUACAACAUAGUCCAGUUAAUUUUAGGAGAUUCUCAUGCAAAUGAUCUUUCUUACAUGAACAUUACAAUGCCGGGAGUGGCGCCACCUACUAACGAUGCCUAUUUUUGUACCAGUGAGGCAAUCAACGCUGAAAGAAGAUAUUUAGUGGAUUUUAAGGUUCAUAGCUCAAUGGAGGUGGCUCAUCACAUACUUUUGUACGGAUGUAAAGUACCUUAUUACUUGAAUCUUCCCUACUGGCAAUGCGGCAAUAUUUGUGGCGAUUCUGCUGUAAAGAUUAUAUACGCUUGGGCACGAAACGCCUCACAAUUCUCUUAUCCUAAAGAUGUUGGUUAUAAGAUUGGUCAAGAAGUGGAUAUCGAUUAUCUCGUUAUGCAAAUUCAUUACCUGAACCCAAUCAUAGAUCACAAAGAUUAUUCUUUUAUCACAAUCGGGUAUUCAUCCACGCCUCCAAAAUACGAGGCUGGUAUGCAUUUGAUGCUAGCUCUAAAACAACCUAUACCCCCUGGCAUCGAAAAAUUUCACGUCGAUAUAUCGUGUCUAUAUAAAGGACCUAAUAUUCAUCCAUUCGCUUUUAGAACUCACGCUCAUUCACUAGGCAGAGUUAUUUCGGGAUACGUUAUAAAGCACAACAAUAGCCAAGAAAUCGCGAUGAACGCAAAUAAAGUCGACAAUAUCCUAAACGUACGUUCUGGUCAAAACAAGGAAGAAUAUAUGACUUGGACCAAGAUAGGAUUGGGCAGUCCUCAAUGGCCUCAAGCCUUUUAUCCUACUACCCACGAUAUUACCAUAAAAAAAGGGGAUAUCCUGGCGGCUAGAUGUACCUACGAUUCAAGGGACCAAGAGAACUAUGUGCAAAUGGGCGGUUCACACUCGGACGAAAUGUGUAAUUUUUACAUGAUGUAUUAUGGUUUUCCCCAAUCACGAGAACCUUUAAUUUACGAUAACGCGCAUAGCGAGCAUAUGACGAGUAACCACGAAGCAGCCAGUUCGAUUUGCAUGGACGGAAGCGUAGCACGAUUCGAUUUAUGUCCUUUCCAAACGGACCCACCUGAACUUAUGAAUUCCUUUUCUAAAAGCGGAAGUUCGAUUAGUAUGAACGGGCCUCAUGAUCCUAAGGACAAGAAUAUACCAGUGCCUAAUAUUUUGAAUUAUAACGCUUCCUUCUUCUCUGAUUUAAUCCUUGGCGAUAAUACCAAACCACAAAUUAUUCCCAUAAAAUCAAAAAAAUUUCCCCUAGGGGGAAAGAUUUUUCAGAAAGAUGAUUGGCCAAACAAAUUGUUAUAUCCAGUAAUGAACUACGAGAUAAGGCUUAGUUUAAAAGAGCGAUUGUUAUUGAAAUACGAUAUUGCCAGAUUAUUGCACGAAAAUAUUAUGCUUUCUCGAGAUUCACAUGGUAACCCUAAAUUGUACAGAAACCGGCUGCAUUAUUAUGAUAACAAUUUACUCAUUUACUUUAAAUUGCUAAAUUAUUAUCACCACUUUGUACCGCCGCUGCCUUUUGAAUCUAUGCAUAGAUUCAAAGUUAUGGGCAAACGAAGUUACGAUUCGGAAUCGUAUCCGGACAACCCAGAACCCGGAAAGUAUGUUUCGAAUAACUCUAAUAAGCCGAAAUAUUUUUAUUACGACUAUUUGGAUCCUACUGAACGACCGUCAAGGAAAUCUAAGCAGAAUGAUGUUAUAUAUAGAUUAAAUUUCCUAAAAAAUUUACAAAAUUUGGAAGGAACGAGUAAUCUUGGGAAUGACAGAAAUAUUAUUAGAAAUACAGAAUUCUCAAAUAUCUUGCUACCUCAAAAGGAUAUAAAUGAUGAAUCUCACAUACCCAUAUCAGAACGUGACCAAUUUUUGUCGCAUCAGGAAUAUUUAAAAUUGGAAGAAUGGCCUUCACCCAAAUUAGAGGACCAAAUUGGGCAAAUUGGGGGUUUGGAUAUAGAAAUAAUUCCAGUAGAUGGCACUAAUUCGUCUUUUCAGUCUCUUAUCUAUGUUUUUCACAGAGGACCGAAUCAGUGGGACAUAAACACUUUCGAUUUUAAAGAGAACUACUUAUUUCGCGAAACGGGAAUAAUCAAAAGUGAAACACUCUUUACGAUUCAUUCAAAAUCCGGAAUAAUAAUCGACAAAUGGGGAAGCAACAUGUUUUAUAUGCCACACGGACUCACUUUGGACUCGCAAGGGAAUAUAUGGGUCACAGAUGUUGCCUUACAUCAAGUCUUCAAAUUUUCACCACUCAAGAAAGGAUUACCAUCCCCCAAAAAGCUUUUGGAGCUUGGGAUACCCUUCCAACCUGGGCACGACGCAACUCACUUUUGUAAACCGACUGAUAUAGCCAUAUUACCUAACGGGGAAUUCUUUGUUGCUGAUGGAUAUUGCAAUUCUCGGAUUAUUAAAUUUUCUUCCGAUGGGAAAUUCAUCAUCCAAUAUGGUCAACCCACCAAUCUUUACCAAUCCAUUCCAACUAGGGAUUAUAUGAAGGUUCCACAUUCAUUAGCUCUUGCCCAUAUAGAACCCGAUAAAAUUACGAUACGCAGUCGAAGAGAUACGGACAAAGCCUAUCAACUUUUAUUCGUUGCCGAUCGAGAAAAUGGUCGCGUUAUAUGUUUGGUACUUUCAGGAAAUGUAGAGGAUUCCACUAAUAACGAUGAAACAAAUGUAAACUUCAAAUGCCCUUCAUUAGUCGUUCCAACCUCGGAAAGGGGUAGGAUAUAUUCCCUCAAAUAUUUACCCUUGAACAAUUCUAUGGCCGAUAAAUAUAUAGACUCAGGAAUAAAAGGGCUUUUGCUCGUAUUGAGAACUACAUUUCUAAACCCAUUUGAAUCUUCUCCGCUGGCGCCCGCUGUGCUAAUUUACCCGAUUUCGGUGUACAACUCAGCCCCGGGAAAUCCUUUAGUCAAUAGUAUAGUUAGACCGUUGUCUAUAAUUCAAUUGAAUCAAGCCAAUUCAGAAUUUAAACUAACUCAACCCCAUGAUAUGACGGCUGAAUUAUCAGUUGAUAACGAUUUCCUGGAUAUAUACAUAGAGAACAUCGAGGGCGGAGAGAAAAAAUUAUGGAAAUAUUCUCUUUCACUGACUUCGAUUCCCUCCGCCACACAUAUUAUUCCACCCAUCUAUUUCUCUACCUCUAAAAGACCUUCCGUUAAAAAAUCCGGUGUUCCCUCCUUGCCUCCUCUAUUUCCUCCUUCGUUUAAACAAAAAGAUUAUAACCCACCAGAACCUUACGAUAACGAGUUUUCCGAUGUUUCAGACUCCUUAGGUAAAAUGUACCCCAAUCUUUAUGAUAAUAUAUCGCCAUCGGACAAAAAUUUAUUGCUGAAACAAGACGAAUCUGGCGCAAAAAAUCUUAAUAAUAUUAAUGGAUCUAAUGAGGAUGUUACGAUAGUUAAGACCGGAGAUAGAUUGGUCCAAGGUAUAAAAAGAGCCUUCAAUUUUUCUACUCUCCUUAUAAUCGCCAUUUUGUGUGUGCCUAUAACACUUACCAUGGUGAUAGUUUGCGUUAUGAGAAAACAAGCUAACCGGAAAUCCAAAACGCUCAACUUCACGCCAUUCAACGAUGCUGGUUCCUCUCAUCCUUUCUCCUCCUCUACUUCAUCCCGUAAACUUAAAGUUAAUCGCCUUUAUCAAUACGAUGAAGAUUUUAAUAACGAAAACCUGGACUUUGACAAUUAUUAUGAGAAAAGUUCGAAACCCUCUGGCAGGUUUGGUGGAAUCAACUUUGUUAGCAGAUUGUGGGGAAAGUUAGCACCUAAUAACGCGUAUUCCAAAGUUCCUCGUAACUCAUAUUUCAGUUUAGAUUCUAAAGGCGGGAGUUUAAACUCGAGUACCGGAUUUAACGGUGGCCAUAAGAAAAGUUCUGUUCUCUUCAAACCCCUCAAAAACAAUAAAUCCGGCAGGUUCGGAUCCUCUAAAUAUUAUUACGAUUCCGAAGAAACGAGCGAAAGCGAUAGGGAUACCUUGCCCUUAACUACUCCCAAAGAUUUUAAAAUUGGAAAGGAAGAAAGGUUUGACGGGAAGAUCGAAAAUGCGAGGCAAAAGAGACCUAUAACUUCGACUCUAAAUCAAAUUAAGGACACCGAGGAUGGGGAAGAUGACGUAUUGGAUUUGAAAGAUUAUUUUAAUGUGACCGGUAAUAAAGGCAAAAAUAAUCGAAAAGCCAUGAUAGCACGGGGAAUCAAUCGUAAUAAAAUUGAUGACAGAGUACUACUAGUCAAUGAUGUAAAAAAUGGUAUUUUGUCUGGAAAUAUUGAAGCGAACGAAAUUAUUGAUGAACAUUCCAAAUUAAACGGGCAUCAUGAUUUAGAUGAAAAGUCCGAUAUUAUUUUCAAGCAACCACUACAUCGCCAACCUUUACAAAACUUGGAUUUCACCUUCAGCGAUAUAGGUAAAAAUGUAUCGGUCGGAAAAGUUCCCCAAAAUUUUCAAUUUGAUAAUUCUAACGGAACCUUAACCCUGCCCGUCGAUAUAGAUGGGGGAGCUGAGAGCGAAGAAAUCGAAGAGUUUACCCUUGGACACGUGGCUAGUAGAUUCCCUAAAACAUGAUUUAUGAUUUCUACUUAAAAAUUUAUGGAAUAUAUCUACUCUAUUAAUUAUAAAAAAUCAAUGUUAAAUUGUAUUUUCAUUAACGACUUUUUAAGAAAGGAUAAUAAAACUGUAUUCAAAAUCUUUCAAUCCUGGCCUUUAAUUAUCGCGAAUGUGCAUUAUUUUUUUAAUGAUAUACAUCAUUUUUUUUUACCAUUUAUAUUUUCGUUAAAUUAUUAUUCUGACUUUUAAACAGUAAUUUAUAACACGGGUUUAUACAUAUGAUGAUUAUUAAAUAUAAUUAACUAAUUUGAUUUAAAAAUUUAUUUUGUUCCCUUCCUUAAAAUAAUUGUGUGAAACCAAAUUAUACAAAAUAUAAUAUUACAUUUCAGAAUUAUUUAUACAUAUUAAACACUUCGUUCGACAGAAUCUCUUGAAGAAGAAAAAAAUAACCUACUUGAUAUAACGUGUGUUUCCAUUUUUUUAAUAACGCUAAAUAUAUACCAUUUCAUUCCAUUUCUCUUGUCAAAAGAAAAAUUAUAAUUUUUAUAUUAUUUAUAAGCAAACAUGUUAGCAUUUCGAGGGGUCCUAUAAAUAUAAUUUUACAAUUUUACUCGGUUUUAUUAACGUUUCCUGCUCCCCUUUUUAACGUUUAAAAUGUCUGAUCCCUCGAAACGUAAUAUACGCGGGUUAUACUGUUAUUAUUAU